UAAUUAUUUCGUUCUCAUAACUAAGUGUGUUUCCAUUGAUUUAUAACUGAAACGGAGAGUAGUAAAAAUGUUUAAAUUGAAAUUAAGUUUGGAAUUGUUAAUGAUUGUAUUGGUUACAGUCCAAACUGCGUCCAUUUCCAGCAGUGAGGAACCUAACUCAAAGGAUUCACUGGAAAUUGACCAUUAUACAUUGGGCAGUGAAGUUUCAAAUGCUAUGCCAAUUUAUUUCACGCAAUAUAGAUUGACCUACGAUAGUGCACAAACAAAUAUUGUUUUGGAUAUUAAUUUUCCAGCAGAAACUUCAGACAACUCUACCGAAAUAAGUAGUAAUCCAAUUAUAACUCAAAUCAAACUUUAUCUUGAGGGUACGGCAGGUUUUGAAUCGCAAGCCUACAUAACUGACGGCGGCAUAGGAGAGCAAAAAGUUUCAGUGCAAAUCGUUGCCAGCAACACAACCAUUCUGCAAUAUGCAGUAAUUGCUUAUGGCAUUGCCAUUUAAAUAAUUUCCAAAUUAUGAAAAUGGAAUUAAUUAAAUUAAAAUAAAGUUGCAGAUACUUUUUUGCAUUGCUAUUUUCUGAUAAAUGUGUAUAAUUAAUAAAGUCAAAGUCGAAAAUAACUUUGGAGUGGAAAAAAAAUUUUUGAAAAACAUAAA